GGCCAAAAGUAUAGGCCACCUGUGCUGACCGAGUCAAUAUGCCUACAAAUAAGGACUUAAAAUCGACAAAUGCCUUACCUCUACCUUUGCAUGGCGAAGUAUCGAUGAAGACUAAUGAAUCCAAUGUCGCCCCAAAAGAAGGGGGUAUGGCAGCUUGGUUAACAGUUGUGGCUCUAUUCAUCGCUGUCAUGAAUACAUGGGGUAUGAUUAUUUCGUUUGGAGUUUUUCAAACCUACUACGUGUCGACAUUAAAUCGAUCACGAUCGGAUAUUGCAUGGAUAGGUUCAGUAGCUGUGUUUUUCUCCUUCUUCAUGGGUAUCGUCAGCGGCCGCCUCACAGACGCAGGAUAUCACCGUAUCACAACACUCAUCGGUACCAUUCUAGUUGUACUCGGAACCUUCAUGACCUCCGUAUCAAAGACGUACUGGCAGAUAUUUCUCGCCCAAGGAGUUUGUACUGGACUGGGUAACGGGUUUCUCCUCACACCCAUGUCGACCAUUGUCGCCAGUCACUUCAGGAGAAAGCUUCCGCUCGUUAUGGGAAUAGCGGCUUGUGGGAGCGUGUCUGGAGGUCUCAUAUAUCCGAGUAUGGUGCGAACACUUCUGCCAACGAUAGGAUUCGGAUGGACUUUGAGAGCCAUUGGUUUCAUACAAUUAGGAACGUUGGCAAUGGCACUAACAUUUGCAAAACCCAAAUCCACUUUCAAGACUACAGGUCCAAUUGUUGAUCUGAUGGUAUUCAAAGAACCAGCAUUUACUUUACUUCUUGUCGGGUCAUUUUUCGCUUUCUUGGGCGUCUUUUUCCCAUUCUUCUUCUUGAGCUCUUAUGCGCGGGAGAAGCAAGGAAUGUCAUAUGAAGACUCUCUCAAUCUUACGCUUAUUUUAAACGGCAUAGGAUUUGCAGGUCGCUUGCUACCCAGUGUACUUGCUAGGUUCUUCGGAACUUUGAAUGUAUUCGUUGUGAUGGUUUUUGCUUCUGCACUGUGCAUGUUUACAUGGAUACCAGUUCAUUCGACAACAGGGCUGUACGUAUGGACCGCCUUCGAAAGUAUGGCUAUAGGAGGUGUACAGUCCCUUUCAUUAGCUGUGGUCCCUGUUAUCACUACGGACAUGUCAAAGAUUGGAGCACGGCUGGGAAUCAUCUUUGCAGCUAUUGGAAUUGGAGCAUUAAUUGGAUCUCCAAUCUGUGGUAUCAUCAUCGCUUCGAAUCACGGAUCGUAUACUGGAGCACAAGCUUUUUCCGGAGGUUCAUUGGUUUUAGGAGGCUCAAUUAUGAUUGGAGCACGAGAGGCUAGAAGACGAGAAAUUCACCAUGACGUUUGGGCGAAAAUAUAACCCUAAGAUUGCACGUGGAAAGUCAAAUCAUGUAACUAGUUUCCA